UGCCCCUGGCCUUGGUAAUGAGCCAUCAGAUGUCUUUCCAAGGCUAGUGACAUAACAAGGAAAUAACAUAUAGGUAGAUAUUUGUUUUUGGUCAUUCAAUCUCAUAUUCUGCGUCUUCUGAACGUGGGCUACAGCUACGAAGGAGGGCCAUGGGCUGCCUGCCUGCCUUAUAAGUUAUAAGGCUCAUUCAACAAUUGGGGACUCCUUUUUCCCUCAAAAUCACAUGCUUCUGGAGGAUUUCUGAGUGGAACAUGAGGCCGAUUGCGAAGAAAGCCAAGAAGGAUAUUCAUGAGAUAUGGCAGCGUCAGGUGGGCGAAGUUUAUCCUAGAGUCUUUGCGCACCGGAUUGCUGGCUCGGAGGAUCUUGUGCGGAGACUUGAUGUUCAUGCCAAACUUGAGAAGCACAAAGGUUGUGUAAACACUGUCAGCUUCAAUGCAGCUGGAGACAUCCUGGUUUCGGGUUCGGAUGACAGAUCAGUUGUGCUCUGGGAUUGGGAUGCUCAGCAAGUCAAGUUGUCAUUCCAUUCUGGUCAUUCUAACAAUGUCUUCCAAGCUAAAAUUAUGCCAUUUGCAGAUGAUAUUAGUAUUGUAACCUGUGCGGCAGAUGGACAGGUGAGGCAUGCUCAAAUACGAGAAGGCGGCCAGGUUGAUACAAUAAAACUGAGUAGGCAUCGAGGCCGUGCUCAUAAGCUGGCUAUUGAACCUGGCAGCCCUCACAUCUUCUAUACUUGUGGUGAAGAUGGAGUUGUCCAACAUUUUGAUUUAAGAACACACACUGCUACAAAGCUCGUCACCUGCAAAAGCUUUAAUGGGAGGUCAACAUAUAUGCCAAUUGUUGCCCUGAAUGCUAUUGCCAUAGACCCAAGAAAUCCUAAUCUUUUUGCAAUUGGUGGAUCUGAUGUAUAUGCUCGGCUGUAUGAUGUUCGAAAGUACAAGUGGGAGGGAUCAACUGAUGAGAUCCAGCCCACUGAUUGUUUUUGUCCUACACAUCUUGUAGGAAAUGAUGAUGUUGGUAUAACAGGUCUGGCCUUCUCUGAUCAUAGUGAGCUGCUAUUGUCCUACAAUGAUGAACUAAUCUAUCUAUUUCCCAAAGGAACGGGGUUGGGCUCUGAUCCACAAUCAUCAUCCUCUAAGGAUGUUUGUGAGGGAUCAGAAGGACCGCAGGUUUAUAAGGGCCACCGCAAUGCAGAUACUGUGAAGGGUGUGAACUUUUUUGGGCCUAACUGUGAGUAUGUUACCAGUGGUUCUGAUUGUGGACGGAUUUUCAUCUGGAGGAAAAAAGACAGUCAGCUUGUCCGUGUUAUGGAAGGGGAUAAGGAUGUUGUGAACUGUGUUGAACCUCACCCUCAUGCUACUGUGCUUGCUACUAGUGGAAUUGAAAAUAAUAUCAAAAUCUGGACUCCAAAAGCAAGUGAACCUGUUCCUCUGCCUACAACUAUUGAGGAGGUAAAAUCUGACCGGAGGAGCCGCUGGUCUCGUUUUUUUACUCCCAAUGAUUUGAUGAUGCACAUCCUCUCAAGAUCAAAUGCAGAAAGACAGCACAAUGCUGGAGAGGAUGACAAUCUGGAAAUUGUGGAGUAUGUGAUGAGUUUCACGGAUGGGGAUGGUUCAUCAGACGAUGGUGAUGCUGAGAACAGUCCUGGUGAUUGUGUAGUUAGUUAAAUUUAGUCUUACAGAAAUCCUCCAUCAUCCAAAAUACAAAAACCAAUAAAGCUGUACAUAAGUUUUUAUUUCAAAUAAAUCCAAGUGAAUCUGUUUCUCUUAAA